AUGGUUGGUGCUGAAGAGAAACAAUCACUUGCAGAUUCGGUUACUGCAUCACAGUUUCAAGACACCAACGUGAUUCAACUACAAGAGUUAAUUCAAGACACAGGAACGGUUAUGGAUAGUGACUCCAACCACGAGCGUGAAUCGCAUGAGACCAAAUCAGAUACGGUGACUAAUUGUGUUCCACAAUCUCAGCUUACAACAAAGGAGGAGGAAACUGCGUUUGUCUCCUAA